AUGUCAUCUCGAUAUCAAUCAUUAUCAGCAACAGAGAAUGAAAUUAAACAAUACUUUGAACAACUACAUCAAUAUCUAAUCAUUAUAGAACAUAAAUUAAAGAAACCAAUCAUUGAUAAAGAUACAAUCAUAAAUCAAAUAGAUAAUAAUAUAAAUAGAAUGAAAUAUAUAGUUAAUAUUAUAGAUUUAAAUAAUAAAUUAAAUAAGAAUAGUAGUAGUAGUGACAUUGCUGAUAAGAAUAAUGAUAUUGUGUCAAUACAACCAAACAAUAUUCUUCAACAACAAUAA